AUGUCUGAUGAACCUGUGAACUCAAAGUCCCUGGCUAGGGGACUGCAUCGUGCUUCAAAGCAUGUUGAUAAACAUACUUCAAAGGGGAAGUAUAAGAAACAGGAGGCUGCUGCCAAGGAGAAGAAGAGACAGGAUGAUAUCAAUAAAGAACAGCGUAUCGAGCAAUACGGCGGAGACUCAGACGAUGAUGAUGAGGAUGAUAAUGACAACAAGGAGGAGGGAAACACUACAACACAGCGCAGAGAGAGAUCAAAGUACAGCAAGAGAAUACUUCAACAAGAGACAACUGAUAUCAAAGAGCUUGAUAGGUUGGACCAGCAAAUGGCUGGACUGAACAUGCAGGAACUUCUCGAUGCUUCAAUUGACUUCAUUCCAAAGUAUGAUGAUGAUGAGGUACAGGAGAGCGUACCAGUGGCAGCAGCGGCAGAGAUGAUCAAUCUGGCAGAGAUCGAGAGAUUACUACUGUCAUUCAGUGUUCCAGACAGAUUGAUGAUUGACACUGAUUACUUUAGAGGUGUAGAGUUGGACAAAGUCAAUGCUGUAGCAUCAAUAUCAAGGAAAUCAAACAAACACAUCAAUGUCCAUUCACAACAACAGAAACAGCAACCAAGCAGUAGCGGCAGCAGUAGUACCAAGUCUACAACAACAACACCGACACCAACACCGACACCAACUCCAUCAUCCACAGUGGCUCAAUCCACAUCUGUACCACAACCAACUUCACAAACAACUUCCAGUCAGUCUGCAGUAACCACUUCAAGCGACAACAACAACAACAAUAGUAGUAGUAGUGAGGGUGGUAACAAUAAAUCAUUAGAGGAAUGGUUAGACUCCAUUCUCUAA